GGUGAUGGGAACUACAACAUCUACUGGUGAUGGAACUACAACAUCUACUGGUGAUGGGAUUACACCAUCUACUGGUGAUGGAACUACAACAUCUACUGGUGAUGGGAUUACACCAUCUACUGGUGAUGGGACUGCAACAUCUACUGGUGAUGGGAUUACACCAUCUGCAGGUGCAGGUGACACUACUACUACUAGUCCUGUUGCUGCUGACACUAUUACAUCUACUGGUGGUAGUAGAAGUGGAGUCCGCAGGGGAAGAAAGGUGUAUAUUUGUAAGGAAUGUGGGAAGGUAUUUGAUGGAAAGUCUGGUCUUCAGAGACACGUGAUGAGCCACACAGGAGAAAAACCGUACAGAUGCGGGACUUGUGGGAACGGCUUUGUGCAGCGCUCGGACCUCACCAAACAUCUGCACAUUCAUACAGGGGAGAAACCUUUCGAUUGUGAUGUGUGUGGUAAGCAGUUCAGUCUGAAGAAGAACCUCGUCAUUCAUACCCGCGUCCAUACUGGAGAAAAACCCUUCAAGUGUGCUGUGUGUGGUAGAGGAUUUGGACAGUCGUCCACCCUUCAGAAGCACACCCGUACACACACGGGAGAGCGUCCAUACGAGUGUGAGUACUGCAAGAAGCGCUUCCCGCAGAGCGACAGCCUGCACAAGCACAUGAGCCUGCACACAGGGGACAAGAGGUUCUCGUGCGAGUACUGCCCGAAGAGGUUCUCCCGCUCCGAGCACCUGCUGCGUCACGUGCGCGGUCACACCGGCGACCGCAGGUACAAGUGUCAGCUCUGUGAGAAGGACUUCAUCCAGCACUGCCACCUGCAGAACCACAUGAAGACACACACGGGAGAAAAACCAUUCGGUUGUGAGGAGUGUGGGCACAGGUUCAUUCAGCUGUCUCACCUUCAGCGCCAUGUGCGAACUCACACAGGUGAAAAACCGUACACCUGCGGAGAGUGUGGCCGAGACUUCGCCACGGACUCCGAUCUACGCAAACACCUGAGACGCCACACCGGGGAGAAACCCUACACGUGCGGGCCGUGUGGCCGCUGUUUCGCCUGGAAUUCUGGGUACAAGAAACACAUGGCCAGUGAGACUCACAGAGAGAAAGUACUGUCACUGGAUGCUGAGCAGGAAGGUGUUUCUAUGGAAGCUGAACAGCAAGGUGUUUCCAUGGAAAUUGAACAGUUAUAGUCCUUCCUAGCCAUAAUACCCUCUUCCAUGUGCUCCUGUGAAGAAGCAGAAGAGACGACCGAAUAUGUCAUCCAACACUGCAAAAAUCUACAGCAGGUGAGGGACACUACCCGGACAACUACAGCAAAAUUCGAGAAGAAGCUGUAGGUACCAAGAGAGAUCUACAGAGGACAGUAUCUUUGAUAGUCACAGCUGGCAUCAACAUGUAGUCGUCAAGAAGAAAGAGGUCCUUCGCAGCCUCCAUGAACAAUGUUUUCGUAAAUAAUAUCAGUUUGAUUUGACAUCAGAAGAAAAGUAAAAUUAUUUUGAAAAUAACAAAAAGGAACUAUUUUUGUGUACAAUUUAGAAAACAAUUGGUUGAGAAAUAAGUAACUUGUUGUAAAUACACCAUAGUCAGACAAUGAUGUUCGCUGUGGGAAGGUUUAUAGCUGUUUCGUUUGGAAAUGAGAAGCAAAACAUUUUCAUGCAAAUAGAGAAUUAAGAUACAUGUAGAUCCGUGGAAACUGUGAAACGUGAUUUUUAAUCAAAACAGAGAAACAAGAUGUUUUGAAAGUAAACGGAAGUACACUAUUUCCAUAGCAACUAGGCAGCAAUAUACAUGUAUGUCCCUAGAGUCUAAACAUCAAGAUGGCACUGUUGUUGAUAAUAAAACAAAUGGGUGAAGAACAUGGUGUCAGCAGCCAGGGUGCAAUAAUGUCUGUGUAUCAAAACCUACAUUUGAGGGACGAAUGAAUCCAGAUAUUUUGAAAAUAAAUUAGAUCAGCAGUAGUUAUCUCCCUUAUAUCGUAGUAUGGUCGUCAAUCGAGAUUUAUAAAAGUGUCGUUUCAGAUAAGUCAUUGAGUAAUCAUUUUAAUGAAUCAUAUGUGGAAUUCUGAAGUUCUUUUUAUAUUUUUUAUAUAAAUAUAAGACUACUUUUUACAAAUUUCAUGUCUGAAUAAAGGUUCAGUUUGAUAGACA